AUGACUUCUAAUCUUCCUCGAACUCCCGAAACUCCUUCUCAAACAUCUCCCGGCGCUGCUGAUUUCCCGACCAAACCCGUCACCUCACCCAUUGACAAUCACUCCAUGCCAACGCCCGCUCGCAGCGUUAACGGCAGUAUGUCCUCAAUCAACGCAGACUCCUCGUUUGAGGCUACUGCUCAUGAUGAUUCUUCCCUCAAGCGUAAGCGCGACACCGAUGAUCAAGGAGAUCAAGAACAGAAGAAGGUACAUGUUGAGGAACCCGACAGUCUAUACAGUCUUACGCUCAAUGAUCUCCAUUUGGAUGUCGGCGAAAAAUAUUACCUCUGCAAGACCCCACACACUGCCCAAGGAGUUAAGAACGAUCAAGGAAUUGUAAAGGCGCCUCUCCGCGAAGAUCUUUUCGAACGCUAUAACCUGUACGGCAUUGCAGCGACAGUCGCCAGAACUAAUCCCGAUGGGUCGAAGGGUGUCAAGCUUCGCAAGACAUACAAGAACCACAUCAAGGAUCAUGGAUUGGUUGGCGCAUUUGAUUCUGUCAAGAGGGAGCAGGGCACACCUGGCACGCUGUACGAGAUGAUGUGGAAAGUCAAGUACCAAGAAGAAGGGUGGAAUGCCGAGUGGACACAGGGGAAAGAAAUCGAGAAGGGAAUACCCGACUCACUCUUCCCUCCCGGUAAUACAGUCUUCACAAUGGCAAAGGGACCAAUUCCAAAGGAGGCGUUUGAUCCUUCUGUUCUCGGUGAGGGUGGAAACCCAAGAGCACCAGUUGAAGCUUCCAAGAGCAUACAGAACGGUGCCAGAACACCUAUUCCCCAGAAUCCUGCGGCCGCUCGUCCCGCCAAGGUUCCUUCGAAGGCAGAUGUUCAACGUCCGAAGAGAGCUAUCAAGCGCACUUAUGGGGAUUCGAGCUUUGAGGGUUAUGGCGAAGGCUAUGUUGAUGAUGACAAUCAAGACCCAGGCUACUCUACUGGUGACGGAGAUGGUGGAAAGCGGAAACGGCCAAAGAAGGUGGGGUGA